UCGCGGUAACACUGCGAAACCUUCCUUAUCGCUUAUGAAGAUCGACAAAGUGGAACAUAUUUAAUGACGAUCGUGAAAGUGGAACAUAUUUAAUGACAAUGCAGAUUGUGUUAAGAUAUCUACUUUUCGCUGCCCAAAUAUUUCACAGUUGUGGAAAAGUAAUUCUUUUACGUGGAGAAUCACAUCAUACCAAUUCAUCUGUAAGUGAAAGAAAAUAUAUAUGUCUCUCAGAAGACGACGGCGGCGCACUUGUAUGGAAUGACAAUUUAAUUCUUCGAUAUCAGCAAGAAAAAAAUCGUACUGAUUUGCAGUUUCACAGUAGUCAUCUAUACAAUACCUCGAUAACGUGCAAAAUGAACGCAACAAUAGGUUGUUUAGAAUCUUGGGAUCGAAGAAACUGGAAUCUUACAAAUUCUAUGGAAACACCCAUGGGUCCGGUAUUUGAUCAAAGAUGGGAAGAAUUCCAAGAAUUCAAUUAUUUCACUGAGUCAUCAUUAAGACUAUACCCACAAUCAGGGGCAAUGUCUAUUUCAAUUCGUUCAUGGCAGAACGUGCAGAUUUUUGUUUGUGGUAUUAAUUUAAAAUAUUCUAAAUCUGAUUCAUUUGGUACAAGUUGUUUUCGGAUAACAUUAAAAUACGAUAGCGCGGAUUCCACUAUUCAAUAUUGCAAUAUAUUUGAUUUCAUGAAUCUGGAUCAACAAUGUUCUUACAACGUAAUUCGCAAAAGAUUACUAUCAUUAUCUGAAACUGAAUGGCAAACAUUUGUCAUUUCAUGGGAUUAUUGGAAAAAAAAUGUUACUGUUUAUGAUACUAACGAUAAGAACAGAAUGCUUACAUGUGAAGAUACAGAAACGUAUAACUCAACUUUACACAAUUUCGUUUUCUUUAUCAUCAAAACAGAAAAUUUCAAAAAAGUGUUGUAUCGCUUUCAUAACUAUUCUUUUCUGCACACAGUUGACAAGAAUGCAAUUUUAAUGAGUCCUAUUUAUCAUUUUGAUACUCUAAAGAUAUGCAUACAAUUAUUACUAGGCUUGUGCGCAGAAUGUGAUGCAGACGUUGAGAUAAUUCAUUCAACGACGAAUACAAUAUUAAAAUCUGUAACAGCUAAAGGCUCACUAAAUGCUGCGAUUCAUGGCUUACCUAUGUGGCAACUCAUUAAAUUUAAUGAAAACUUUUCAGCGGUCAACUUUAGUGGUGGUGUGAAAAUCCAUGUAAUUCCCAAACUCACAAAGCCUAAUCCCACUCCGUUAUGGGCAAUAGCCGAUGUUCGUAAAUGCCCCAAUAAAGAGGUUUUGAGAAAAGGAGUUAUUUCGCAAAUAAACAAUGAAUCUAAUUCGUGGUUGAAUGUAACAUGCCAAAAGUUAUUUUUCAAUAAAAAUACUGUCGUAAGUUCUUUAUCAAAACCAACAAUCAGCAUAGAUCUAGAUGACAAAGUUUGUCCUGAGGGAAAAAUUGGGCCAGAAUGUUCCUUUUCCUGCAAACAUGAUUUAGAUAGUUCUUCUAACUGCAAAGGAACUGCAAUUUGUUACAACACCGGUUGCUUAUGUUAUCCAGGAUUUCAAGGCGAUACAUGUUCUGAUGUAUGUGACGACAAUUGGUAUGGUUAUGAUUGUAAGAAAAAUUGCGAUUUAUGCAAAUCGUCUGAAUCGUUUGGAUGUAACAAAAUAACUGGAGAAUGUGUUAACAAAUGCGUUAACAGCUUAGAAAUUAUUUACGUGCCACCUUUAUGUCAUAUAGGUAUAAAGAAGCUCACAGUACCUAAAAUUGUCUUUGUCAAUUCAACAAGCAUCAAAACUGAACUUCCUAUAGUAUGGAAAAAAGAAUAUGAACAAAUAAAGAUAAAGUAUUCAUUUACUAUUGAGGGAGAAAAUAAGUACACUUCUUCACAAUCAUGGAAUAGACUGUUUCAAAAUAUGACACAUUUGACGGGAUAUUUCACCAAGUUAAAUCCUGGUUCUGUUUAUUCAAUCAAGUGCAUAUUAUUUGCCGGAAAUGCAAUAAUUCAAAGCAACUGGACAACUGUGGAAACUGCGUGCGAACCGAUACAAACUUUCAACGUACUGUCUACGGAAAACAGCAUAAGUAUUGAUUGGCAAAACAAUUCACACCACUUAUUUCCAUGUUCACCACAUUGGUAUUAUGUAACUCUUCAAAAUAGAAAUACAGGCGAGAAUCUUUCUAACUCAACAGUUAUGACUUUUCCUCAUAAAGUGUCAGGUUUACCACCUUAUACAGCUUUCGAUGUGAUUGUAAGUCAUCCGCGACUUGCUCAUACAACCAUAAAACAAAACUUUAUAUUUCUCACUAAUAUUCGUACAUUACGAAGCGCUUCAACAAGAGUAUUAGAUAUUCAACAUUUUGCAAACUCGAGCACACAAGUCACUCUGAAAUGGAACUCUCCAGAUUAUUCAAGCAUAGUGCGGUAUGAAAUAAACUUAAAGAUUACUGUGUACUAUGGUUGUGAAGAUUUAAAUGAAACCACAUCGGUUGCACCUAGUAAAACCUAUACUACAUCCAAAACAGUAAUCACAUUCUCAGAUUUACAUCCGUACGCUUCUUACACAGCAAAAGUGACAGGAUAUGAAUCUCUGAAUAGCAAUUAUAGCGGAGAAAUAACUUUUAAUACAAACAAAUCUGACAUACCAACAGAAAAGUUUACACCCUUAGAAGCACAUAAUUGGACAUUAUCAUGGCAGCCACCUAAAGAUUGCUCGACGAUUUCGGGACCAUUAAACGCUAAAAUAAAAAUUAGCGGAGUUAGUACAGCUGUAAAACAUUUCAGUGCAAUUGAAUUUACAUCGCGCUGGUAUAUUGACUUAACUAUACUGAAUCCACCACUACUUAGUAACGAGGUAUAUCGAGCAACUGUUUAUGUAAUAAGAGAAUAUAAUAGUACAGAGAAUUCCUCAGUUUAUCAANAANNNNACUUCANAACNCCANCCACAGCUCCACCUGCAAUAGCAAAUCUNGAAAUUGUUGAGAUUGAUACUCGUUCAGUGCCACUUAUAUUACACUUGAGAUGGUUACGUCCACUUUUAACCUUAAAAAAUAAUGAUUCUUAUUAUAACGUUACUACUUAUUGCAAUCAAUAUGCCUAUUCCGUUAAAGUGAAUAUAAAUACCUUCUGUGAUUUGUGGCAAGAUUAUAUCUGCAGAAUAUUAUAUCUAGUUCAUGAACCAUGUUCCAACAUUCAGGUUUCGGAGAUAAAAAAAAAUGAUACAGAUGCGAGAUCACCGGCUAAUGUAUUUCAGGAAAUGUUUAAUAUUACAAAACCAGAGAAACCUGCAUUCUUUAAUUACACAAUACUCAAUAACAGUAUAGUCGAUUUACUAUGGCAUCAUCCUUGGAAGACCAAUCGUCAUCUACAAUGUUUUCUCAUCACCGUAGAAGAAA